CUCUGCGAUUAACUUCAGUAUCUUCUUCUUCUUCUUCUUCUAGCUCUAUCUCAAUUCUCAAACGCAGAUUUCUUCAAAUCUAUGUCUUCUUCUUAUCUUCUAUGAACGCACUCCUCUUCUUCCUCACCGCCAACCAGCGUUUCCUUAUUCUAAACUGUAACGAUGCUUGAUUCGCGAGAAAUCGUCGGCACGACGACAACAACUUUGAUGGAUCGGAAUCACUCGCUUCACAGACGGUCAAACGCCGCCGCGGCGAUGACUGAUUCGAAUUCCUCGAAUGGGAACUCAUCCGGAGCUAACGGUCUUGGCAGUGACGCUGGUCAAAUCUGUAAUAACGGCAAGGAUGGUGGCGAAAGGGUAGCGAAUGGAGGAGACGAUAGAGAAAAUGAUAGUUUCCAUAAAUCUUCUCUCCGACCGUCUGCUCCUGCGCAUAGGAGAAUAAAGGAGAGUCCGCUGAGUUCUGACGCUAUAUUCAAACAGAGUCAUGCAGGCCUUUUCAACUUAUGUAUAGUGGUGCUUGUUGCAGUGAACAGUCGGCUAAUCAUUGAAAAUUUAAUGAAGUAUGGUUGGUUGAUUCAAUCUGGAUUUUGGUUUAGUUCGGGGUCAUUAAGGGAUUGGCCACUCUUGAUGUGCUGUCUUACUCUUCCAAUAUUCCCUGUUGGUGCCUUUUCUGUGGAAAAGUUGGUGCAGAAGAAUUGUAUAUCUGAGAUAGUUGUUGUUAUUCUACAUACACUCAUAACUACUGCUGUAGUUCUGUAUCCAAUUAUUGUGAUUCUCAGGUGUGAUUCUGCUGUUUUAUCUGGUGUCACGUUGAUGCUCUUUGCUUGCAUUGUUUGGUUAAAGUUGGUGUCGUAUGCACACACAAAUUACGACUUGAGAGCGCUUUCUCAGGCAUGUGUUAAGGGGGAGGUGCCAUAUAGUUCAAAUUUGUACUAUUCUUAUGAUGUUAACUGUAAAAGUUUGAUAUAUUUCAUGUUGGCUCCAACGCUUUGUUACCAGCCAAGUUAUCCUCGUACUGCAUGCAUAAGAAAGGGUUGGGUUGCUCGUCAACUGAUCAAGUUGGUUAUAUUUACAGGCCUGAUGGGUUUCAUUGUAGAACAGUACAUCAAUCCUAUUGUUAAGAACUCACAGCAUCCUCUGAAAGGAAAUUUCUUGUAUGGCUUAGAAAGAGUUCUGAAGCUUUCUGUUCCAAAUUUAUAUGUAUGGCUCUGCAUGUUCUACUGCUUUUUUCACCUCUGGUUGAACAUACUUGCUGAGCUACUCCGCUUUGGUGAUCGUGAGUUCUACAAAGAUUGGUGGAAUGCUAAGUCAGUGGAGGAGUACUGGAGAAUGUGGAAUAUGCCUGUGCAUAAGUGGAUGGUCCGCCAUAUUUAUUUUCCAUGCUUACGAAAUGGAAUUCCUAAGAUGGUGGCUGUAUUGAUAUCCUUCCUUGCAUCCGCUAUUUUCCACGAGUUAUGUAUUGCUGUACCUUGUCACAUCUUCAAAUUUUGGGCUUUUCUUGGUAUCAUGUUUCAGGUUCCACUCGUCAUCGUGACAAAUUACCUGCAAAAUAAGUUUCAGAACUCAAUGGUGGGAAAUAUGAUAUUUUGGUGCUCUUUCAGCAUAUUUGGUCAGCCCAUGUGUUUGUUGCUCUAUUAUCAUGACUUGAUGAACAGAAAAGUAGCAUCACAAUGAAUUUACAUCCCCACCCCCACCAAUGUUGGAUAAUCUACUUAAUUCUAGGGUUGGUUUUCUUUUUGUAAAUUCAUUGGUUCUUUCUUAUGGGAACUGUGUAUAAUUUUUGUUCUUAUGUAUUGGAUCAUUUGGGCAAUAACUAUACAUGGUUUUCAUAUACUUCUACAAUUUUGUUUUAAGAAAAUAUGUGUACUUGUUUUAA